GGGUGGGGGUAACAGUAACACACUACCAUUAGCGCUAACACACAGUAUCCAUAUUAGUGAGUCACAGUGAAUUCACAGGCAGAGCUGUAUUGAAUGGAGCAGAGUGGCUUCUCCGAGGAAGUAAAGCACAGUAGCAGCAGAACCCCUGUUGUUGGGACAUGCAUGGUGUAGCUACAAAAGGACUUCCUCUUUUCAGGUUUAGCACUGCUACCAGACCAUGCAGAGCCUCGUCGGGGAGGCAGAAACUGGGGAAGAGAGGCGAGAAGCAUCAUUGCAGAUAACGGAUUCCUUGGACACCGCCCACACGUACCAACCCUGGGAUUCGCUAACUCACCUGGCGACGGUGCUGGGUAGGACAGAACCUCGGCCGUCGGAAUGGAACAGCAGAUUGGACCAAAGUUUCUCUCCACUGCCCAGAGUGACCAGGGAGUCAGUGAGACAGUAUCUGCAGUUUCCCCCUGACCAAUCUGUGCGAAUACUCCAUGCAAAGGUCGCCCAGAAAUCAUACGGCAACGAGAAACGGUUCUUCUGCCCUCCUCCUUGUGUUUACAUCAGUGGCUCAGGAUGGAAACUGAAACAAGAUGUUUUGAAUGCCACUGGUGCAGGGGACUCCUGCUACAGACUCUAUGGUUAUAUGGGCCUGGACAGCUCCUGUGUGACCCAGGCAGACACCUCCAAACUAGCCUUCGAGGACCAGCCUGAUGCCAGGAUGUUUGCCUGCGCCAAGUCCCUGUACAUCUCUGACACAGACAAAAGGAAGCACUUUCGCCUGGUCCUCAAGCUCUUCCUUGGUAACGGGCAGGAGAUUGGCUCCUUCCUCAGUAAGCUGAUCAAAGUUAUCUCCAAACCGUCCCAGAAGAGGCAGUCUAUGAAGAACGCUGACUUGUGCAUUUCCACGGGGUCGAGGGUGGCUCUAUUCAACCGCUUGCGGUCCCAAACGGUCAGCACACGUUACCUGGCCGUAGAACGAGGGGCCUUUGUAGCCAGUGCCAGACAGUGGACUGCAUUUACAGUCACUCUAGUGGAUAACCAGCAUGCUGACUCGGAGGAGUUCACGGUGUGUGAGGGAUUCAUCUGCUACGGCUGUGUGGUUCAGCUGGUCUGCACUGACUCCGGGGUGGCCCUGCCCCCCAUGGUGAUCCGCAAGGUAAACAAGCAGCACGCCAUCCUAGAUGUGGACGAGCCCGUCUCCCAGCUUCACAAGUGUGCCUUUCAGUUCAAGGACAACAGCCAGAUGUACCUCUGUCUGUCUAAUGAGAGAAUCAUACAGUACCAGGUCUCAUCCAGUCUGAGGGAGCAGAGCAGAGAGGUGCUGAACGAUGGAUCAUGUUGGACCAUCAUCGGUACAGAGGCAGUGGAGUAUACGUUCUGUGAGGGCCUGGCCUGCGUUCAGGGCGCCAUCAGCCCAAUACCUGUCAUCACAGGACUGGAGGUGAAUGGUGGAGGACACGUAGCCAUGCUAGAAGUAAAUGGAGAAAACUUUGGCCCCCAUCUGAAAGUUUGGUUUGGAAAUGUGGAGGCAGAAACUAUGUUCAGGUCACCAAAGUCCAUGCUGUGUGUGGUUCCAGACGUCUCCGUGUUCAGUGGGGAGUGGAGAUGGCUGCGGCACCCCAUCACCGUACCUCUGUCCCUCAUCCGUCUGGAUGGUCUGAUCUACAGGAGCACCUUCAGUUUCACCUACACCCCUGAACACAACACCCCCCCGCAGGCCAGAGGGGCACUGCAAAAUGCUCCAGAGUCUGACACUCUCAUAGACUUCAUCCACCAAGAGUUCACACGCACCAACUUCCACUUGUUCAUGCAGAACUAGCUAGUAGGGCUGGAUUAUGAUUCUUUACCCUUCUCCUGAGGUGUGCACUCAUUCACCCCCCCUCCUGCAUUUAAAAGCAUUGGAUCGGAGCAAGCAUGGCUGGGGGAAGUUUCCACCAUAUUCCUGACAGCAGCUCAUUCCUUUUUCUUAUUUUUUUAGAGUGCUUUUUAUGUCCCUCAGGAAUUAUGUAUGUACAUGUUGCUAAACACUCAAUUGAACAGUUGGAUCACAUACAUACAUAGUGCUCCUGAGGCUCCCGAGUGGCGCGGCUCUCUAAGGCACUGCAUCUCAGUGUUAGAGGUGUCACUACAGACCCUUAUUCAAUUCCAGGCUGUAUCCCAACCGGCUGUUAUUGGGAGUCCCACAGGGCAGCGCACAAUGUGCCCAGCGUCAUCUGGGUUAGGGUUUAGCUGGGGUAGGCUGUCAUUGUAAAUAAGAAUUUGUUCUUAACUGACUUGCCUAGUUAAGGAUAAAUAAAUACAUCUAUGCAGUAAAGUUACUAAAGUUAUUUGUUUUCUCUGUAAAUCCCCAUUUUGGAAUGUCCCAAGUCAUGUACGUCCAACUUCGAGGAAGAAUUUAACCCACUUAACCCCAAGAUUUCACCAAGUUUUCACUAUCAUUUUCAAGCCCUAUUUAUUUUGUUGCUUUGGGAAAGAAAUUUCAAACGAUUUUUUACUUGUUUAAUGUGGUUAGUAAUUGAUGUACAUGUGUCCCUCAGGUGAGAUGGUUCUACUCUUUUUGGACAUUUUCUGGUACACGACAACCCUGUUACCCAUAGAAAUGUAUUAAAAAGUAAUACUUUUUGUUAAGGUUGCAUAAAAUUGCACCCCCCCCUGCACACAAAAAGCUCCCAUUCCCCCUGUCACAAGGGGAGAUAUUGCUGAUUUAAGAUUAAAUCCACAACCCUUUUACGGUCAACCCUGUAGCUGUAAUAGACAUUUUGUAGUAAUCUUUCUUUAAAUGUAAUCUUUUGACAAGGAAAGCAUGUUUAUUAAGACAUAAUAGGACAUAUACUUUGUGCAUGACAGUGCUCUUUAUGACAGUGUUAAAAUUAGGUGAAAUAAAUAGUUAUUUUUGACAAAUUA